AUGGAUAUCCUUCACUCAAAAUUCAGCUUCAAAGACGAAUCACAAGAUGGCAAACAAGCCCCCAUCAAGAUAGCCUUUUUGGGCACACGCCACCCGCACGUCAAAUACCGCUUUGCCGUGCUAGACAAAAUGGGCGGCUUUGAAUUCUGCGGCUUCUAUGAAGAAGUCGAAGAGAUAGCCGUUGAAUUGGCGAAAAGAUUACCGCGUUUACCCCGCUUCAAUACUCCGGAGGAACUACUCGAAACGAAUCCGGAUGUGGUUAUGAUUCAUUCUUUGGAUCCAGAUGUGCCGCGUUGGGCUCGUUUUGCUAUUAAUCAUUCGACCCCGUUCAAGGGGUUGUUUUUGGAGAAGCCUGGUGCAGCAGAUCCGAAUGACUUUUAUAAAUUGGCAGAGGAGAUUGAGGCUAAGAGGCCCGGGCUUGCUGUGGAGUUGGGAUAUGAAAUUCAUUACUCGGAGGCCUUGGAAUUUGCGCGGAAAGUGAUUCGUGAGGAUGUUCUAGGUGAUAUCACAACUGCUCGAUUUCACGGUGGAUGCCCAUCUGGUGCCGGAAUGGAUCUGUGGCAAUCUAUUCCGGAGGAUUUGGGUGGUAUUAUGCAGACAGAAGGUUGUCAUACUCUAGAGAAUGUAAUCGAUCUCUUUGGCGCUCCAGAAAGGGUGGUCUCCUCAAUUCGCAAGCUACCAGAGCGCCCACCACACCCCGUCGUCGGAUGGAUUCCAGACCUCUUCACGGGGACUGUGACGACAGGCCAAUUCGGUGUAGGCACUUUACUCUAUGAGGAUGUCUGCUCUGGGAUUAUGGAAUAUCCAGAUAAGACGAUCGUCCUAGACAUGACAGCCUGGGAACCAACAGAGUGGUGCAACGAGUGGGCAAUCGAUAUCUAUGGGACGAAUGGGUCCCUGCAUGUUAUUCCCGAUUUCCCAGUUGGAACUCUGUACCUUCGCGAAGCCCGGGGAAGCUUUCAGGCCGGUGAGACAAAGCUGUCAACGGAGUUGGCUCAUGGUACAUCGAACGUGCCAUCUUGUUACCGGAAGCAAUUUCGAUCACUGUUCGAUCGUGUACGAGGGAAUAAGCCGGUGGAUGGAUGCUGCGAUUUGCAGACGAAUGUCGAAAUUUUGAAAGUCAUCGAUGCAUUUUAUAAGUCGGCCAAUUCAAGGCAAUGGGUAGAUGUUUAG